AUUAAACCACCGUAACAUAAGUGUUGAGAUUUUCCCUGUGUGGCGGACGGCCCUCCUCUUCUCUCCUUGUUUCCAUGAAAAAUUGAAAAGAAAAUAAAGGAUGACAACGAGCAAGGCGGGCACAGUAGGCGGAGCACCAUCACAGCCUACCCCUGAGUGUUGCAUGUGCGGAGAUUAUGGCUUUUCUUAUGAGCUUUUUCAGUGCAAGGUCUGCCAAUUCAGAUCUCAGCACAGAUAUUGCAGCAAUCUUUAUCCAAAGGCCGACUCCUACCGAGUCUGCAAUUGGUGUCUGAAUCAGAAGGACGACACACCAGAAAAAACCCAGAACUCGUCCAAUUCCUCAUCAUCAAACAAAAACAACGAAGAAAACGACGGCAAGAUUAAGAAAAAGAAGAUUGGCAGCGACAGUCAUGCGAAGGCUCAAAGAGGCAGUUUGCAACUCCCAGUCAACGGACCCAUCAAGAAACAAAAGUCGCCGGAGAGAUCGCCGACGACCCGGAAGAGGAUCAUCGCAAGCGGCUGCAUGGAGGAGAGGCUGACAAGGACAAAUUCAGAGGGCAGUGGGAUCACAAAACAUGUGUUCAGAAACAAGGUGAGAAGGUACAAGCUGUUGGAUGAGGUCUCCAGCUAAUCUUAAUCUUCAAUAAAAACCAGCUUAUCUCCAUACGGAUGCUUAUAUUCUGUUUUGUUAAGUUUUUUUUUCCUUUUUGCCUUGGUCCCAUAAAUACGGAUACACAGGACAUGAGAUAGAAGAAAGGUUCAAUGUAUAUAGAGAACCUUGUGAUAUGGGGAACUGAAAUUCCCCAUGGGAGUCGAUGAAGUCACAUCUGGCUUUAUUAAUCUUUACUCUUCAUCUCCAAAACAAAACGUUACUGAAAAUCUGCAUUAAAUUAUGCUAUCUGGAAUAAUCUCCACCA